GUUAGAAGCCGUGACUAAUCAGGUGUGACGAUGCUGGUUGCCGCGCCGCGUCAAGGUCCCCGCACUUUUCUGGGACCCUGUUAACGCAUUGCGCGGGCGGCUUGGGGACUUUGCACCUUAUACUUGUCACUGUGUUAAUUGGCCUAACUCCACUUGUGACCGGACACCUCGUCUUAGCGCCGGAGGAGCUAACAUGCCGGUCCGUACCGAGUCGUGCUGUUGCUCCUCCGCGGCCUUCAUAGCGUCGGCCUCACUCAUCCCGCCGCCCCCGAUCAACACUCAGCAGCCCGGCGUUGCCACCUCUCUUCUGUAUAGCGGGUCGAAAUUCCGUGGUCACCAGAAAAGCAAAGGCAAUUCCUACGACGUAGAAGUUGUCCUGCAGCAUGUAACCAUGGAAGAUUCCUAUCUUUGCGGGUAUCUGAAAAUCAAAGGACUCACUGAGGAAUACCCAAUGUUGACCACUUUUUUUGCCGGAGAGAUCAUUAGUAAGAAACAUCCAUUUCUAACCCGCAAGUGGGAUGCUGAUGAAGAUGUGGAUCGCAAGCACUGGGGCAAAUUUCAAGCUUUCUAUCAAUAUGCAAAAAUAUUUAAUUCUGAUGACUUUGACUAUGAGGAGUUGAAGAACAGUGACUACGUGUUCAUGAGGUGGAAGGAACAGUUCCUUGUUCCUGACCAUACCAUCAAGGACAUUAGUGGUGCUUCAUUUGCUGGAUUUUAUUAUACCUGCUUCCAGAAGUCCACCGCCACCAUAGAGGGAUACUACUAUCACAGAAGUUCAGAAUGGUACCAGUCUCUGAACCUCACCCACGUUCCUGAGCACAGUGCCCCAAUCUACGAGUUUCGGUGACACCCGCUGACACCAAGUACUGGCAGAGAACACAGUGGAUCCCUUGGCAGUUCUGAACACAAUGUAAAGAGAGUUCAACAGCUAAAUGUGAAGAAACCGUUGCUGCUACAGAGCGGAGACACAGUGGCUGUGACCAGGGGGUGGGUGGGGGCUUAGCGAUGGGUUAAAGGUCACAGGACAGGCAUGUGUGUGUGUGUGAGAUCAGGGGCUUGCACGGCAGUUUAACAUUUUAUCUGGGUUUAAAGAGACUUGGGUUGAUUUGCACUCUGCCACUUUUUCUCUGGUUUCUAUUUGUAGAUCUUGUUAUCUCUCGACUCCCCUGCCACCAAAUGAAAGAUGAAAAAGUAGAAAGUGCUCGCUACUCCUGACCAUAUACCAAUUCAAUUCUUUCUGUUUUGAAAGUAGGUGACAUCAGCAGGAGGUGAAUGCGGUAAGCCCAAUAGCUCAGUGUGGCCUUCAGUGCUUGUGUUAACAGCCCUGACAUCUGCUGCCUCUUCCAUUACUGUCAGUCGUGGAUGCUGGUACGAGUGUAGACACAAGCACUCGAGCAGAUCGAUUUGUGACUGCUGAGUGGAGACUCUGGCACUGCAGUGAACAUUACCAGCGCUGCCUUGUGUAAACUUUGGCAUUAGAUUAGAAGUAAUUCAUAAUGGCCAAACAUGGACUCUUGGACACUAGAACAUAUGGCUCUAUUUCUGUCAGGCCAGUUCUUUAACACAAAAAUCUGUACAUCAUUCUCGUCAACUCGUGAUAUGGAUGCUGUGUGCUAAGAGUCUUCCUAACAUGACCAUAUGGCAGACUGUACCCCUACAACAGAAGUGCCCACUGUGUAUGACUACAGUAUGGGUACAAAAAGGCCAGCACAGUUACAACCAGUGAGACUGUGGACAGCAGUCCUUGUGGAGUGUGUGGUGGGCAGGUCAGCUCCUCUCCAUUGAGCUUGCCUUGUGUAUUCACACAUGCUUUCAGUCUCCAGCAAAGGUGUAUCUAUGCAACAGGAGCAUACUGGGGGAGCCAAGGAGGAGCCCAGUGCCCUGUCUACUGGCCUUUUUGAGUGAUUUUACUUAUUUAUUUAUUUAUAUAUUUUUUUUAAAAAAAUCAGUGUUUCAGUUUUAACUGCUAAUUCACUGGUGCACUGUGGGUACUUUUUCCCCUUUCCAAAGCAGGUGGUUACAGCUUCUGCCAUUGGAGCCCGAUUGCCAAUAGAGUGGUCUGUCUAUUUUCUAACCCAGACCCCUGCAAUGCAGCACCCAUGAAUCUUUGCAGAGGUGCCAUAGUUGGCUGUACCAGGUAAGAGGAGUCUGCUGUUAAGUCCAUGGUUAGUCAGCAUCCCCCCCAAACCCCCCUCAAAACCGGCUCAGGUUGUUAUGGAUUUUGAAAUCCGGUUUCUGCUGCUGCUGUUUUUAUUCUAUGUGCUCAAAACCUCAGAAGGUAAAUGCUAAUUACCACUUAAAGCAAAGAAACCUCUCCAAAUAAAAAAAAAAAUGCAAAAUGUGGCCUGGCACUAAACCAGCAGAGUAGUCCUAGAGGAAGGUGAUAUAAAAAGGAAUGAAGCGACAGACUGAUGGUGAUGUCAUCGCUUGGUCAUGUUAGUUUAGGGAGUUUGGGGUGGGCUUGGGCUGUCCUCCCUGACGGGGUCCUCUUCUGCCAUGCCUGUGUCACUGCAUGAAAUAAGUGCCUCCAUAUGGUGACUGCCAACGGGGCAACCCUCGCCAUACCCACGUAUGUAUCUGUGCAGGAAGAGGGACUUAAAAACUGCUGGCAGCAAGGGUGCACACUGAAACUAACUGUCUGGACUUGAACAAGCAUCCUAGCAGUUUGCUUCCAGUGGAAGUGUUGGUGAUCUGAAGUGGAUGUUUAAAUGAGGAGCAGAAAAAUUGUGUAUCAACACAAUCGUUCAAGAAGUGGACCCUGCACUGGUUUUCUUUUUGAUUUUAUUUAUAGAUGCCCUAUGACUUGUUGUAAAUAAGGAACAGUCACCAUUGUUCUGUAUGAGAAUUAUAAGCUUCAUAUGGGUGAGUUUUUUUUUUUUUGUUUGUUUAUUGAGAAUUCAAGCAAAUAAGCUUUUUUUUAUUGUUUUUUUUUUUUUUUUGUUCUUGCACAGCGCCACCAAGAUCAAUCUGAUGGCAUUGCAGUUUGCAGCCAUAAGCGUGUAGUGGGGACGCUCAGUGGUUGAGAUUUCACCACAGGCUCAUUCUUUAUUCUUUGUUCAAUGGUUGAAGCUGCAUGGAGAUUCAAAAAAAAAAAUCUUAUGUUUUUGGGAAGUUAAAAAAAAAAAAAAAAAA